CCGAGCGCUUCCGGGUCGAACGGCUCGCGGAGACCGGGGAACGAAGAGGAGAGACCGAGGCGCCGUCGCCAUGGAGGCACCUGUGCGCCGGCGGCAUAGGAUGCGGAGCCCGCGCGGAAGCCGCUCCCCGCCAGGCGGCGCGGGAUCCAGCCGAUCCCACGCUAAAAGGAAAAACAAGUCCUCGAGCAGGAGGAGAAAAUCUCCCCGAGAGAAAAGGAGCCGGAGCCCCCACCAUGUGCUGGCUAAAGUCAAGCAAGAGCGAGAAGUUCGCCCUCGGAGGGGUCAUGAAGAACGGCAGCAUCGAGAUCAUUUUGAGCCUGAGCACAGGCGGGAGAGAAGCAAUGACAAAGACAGACACCAGGGCCAUUCAGGCCGGAGGAAGUCUCAUAGAGAUCAGCCUGGGAAUCAUGAAAGGCAAAGAGAUGCUCAUCGUUUCCAGGAUCAGCAGGCACAGAGGGAAUUCUAUAAUGAACGACGGCGUGACCAUCGUCAACAAGUGGAAGCAAGUGGUGAUGAGGAGAAUCAGGAAGCAAAGGGGGCCAACAACAAGAACACAGACAAAGAGCCUGGCAGUAAAGAAAAGCCAAGCUUUGACCUGUCUGGUGCACUUUUGGAAGAUUCUAACACUUUCCGUGGUGUUGUGAUCAAAUACACAGAGCCCCCAGAAGCUCGCAUCCCCAAAAAACGAUGGCGUCUAUACCCUUUUAAGAAUGAUGAGGUUCUCCCAGUUAUGUAUAUUCAUAGGCAGAGUGCCUAUUUGCUGGGCAGGCACCGGCGCAUUGCUGAUAUCCCCAUUGACCAUCCCUCAUGCUCCAAGCAGCACGCUGUCUUUCAGUAUCGGCUCGUGGAAUAUACCCGCCCAGAUGGCACAGCCGGCCGAAAGGUGAAACCGUAUAUCAUUGACCUUGGCUCAGGCAAUGGCACAUUUCUGAAUAACCAGCGAAUUGAGCCCCAGCGCUAUUAUGAAUUGAAAGAGAAGGAUGUGUUGAAAUUCGGGUUCAGCAGCAGGGAGUAUGUCCUCCUGCAUGAGUCAUCAGAUACCACAGAGGUGGACAAGACAGAGGAGGAGGAGGAGGAGGAGGAGGAGGAAGAAGAGGAGGAAUCUACCUGACAGCAUGUUAGGGAGUGGACUGAACCCUUUUCUGCAGCUGCGCUCUAAUCCUUAGGGUGGAUUUUGGGAGUAUGGCUGCACUGAUGCCUCUCACUGCCUUAAAUUCUGCUGUCUGUUGCUGGGCACAUUCUGGCUUGUUCUGGGAACUUUCCAUACAUUCACUGUGUUGAUGUUUUAAAAGCAAUGACUGGUAAAGCCACAGUUGUUUUAUGGGCGACUCUUGUCUGUCAGACGGUGCAAGGACCCAGCCAGGGCGCUUCCUGGGUGACUGCCUGGGACAGCAGCCAUGGCCCUAGAGCUCCUCACUGUAUCUUCAGUUUUAAAAUAAAACCUCCAAGCAACAAAGCAUACUGGACAAAGCAGGGCCUUUUCCAAAUAACCCACCCUCUUCUUUUGUUCCUUCUUUUGUUUUGGCUUGUAAACUGUUUAAAUAUAGAUGCUACUUAUUUUUUUAAGUAGAAUUUUGGGAUAGACAAAUGCUAGUUGGGUGUUGUAUGACAUCUCUUGUUGUCCUUAUACAAGUGUUAAGAUAAAAGGAAACACGAAACUUGUAUGGAUUUCUAUGGCUCAUAUAGGCAAUUUUGCAUCAAAAUAGGUUUUCAAUGAGAUACUCUGCAGAUUCCAGGCAGUAAGGUCUGAGGUGAAAAGAAAGAGCCCACAGUGUCUUUCUGGCCUUCCUAGUGGUGAGGUGGGGGGUUGAAUUUGUUUUUGUGACACCUGGUUUGUCCCAUGGAUCUAUUUUUCAUUUAGUGUGGGGGUAUAAUUUCCUACAGAAUAUUUAAAUCUAGUGUACUUUUCUUAAACCUGUUAAUAGCUGACUGGUAGCAAGAGGAAGCCAGUGUAGUAAUUAAUGGGAAGGUACAAGAACUUGUUCCACAGUAACCUUUUCGUGUCCUGAAAACUUUUUCUAUUCCUGCAGCUUUGUGCACAGGUACAGUGCAAUAAAGAAAACACAACUUGCUACACCUGAA